AUGGGACGAUCACCAUGCUGCGAUAAGGUAGGUUUGAAGAAAGGACCAUGGACUCCAGAAGAAGAUCAGAAGCUCUUAGCUUAUAUUGAAGAACAUGGUCAUGGAAGCUGGCGUGCCUUGCCAGCAAAAGCUGGACUUCAGAGGUGUGGCAAGAGUUGCAGACUAAGAUGGACCAAUUAUCUUAGGCCUGAUAUUAAGAGAGGAAAGUUCAGUUUGCAAGAGGAGCAAACCAUCAUUCAACUACAUGCCCUCUUAGGAAACAGGUGGUCGGCAAUAGCCACACACUUGCCAAAGAGAACGGACAAUGAAAUCAAGAACUACUGGAACACGCAUCUUAAGAAAAGGUUGACCAAAAUGGGAAUUGACCCUGUCACACACAAGCCAAAAAAUGAUGCACUUCUCUCUAGUGAUGGCCAAUCCAAAACCGCUGCAAAUCUCAGCCACAUGGCUCAGUGGGAGAGUGCUCGGCUUGAAGCUGAAGCAAGACUAGUGAGAGAAUCAAAACUACGUUCACAUUCACUUCAGCAACAACUUGGAAGUUCUUCUACAUUUGCAUCUUCAUCUUCUGCAUCCACUUCAGCUUCAGUUCUCAACAAUAACAAUAAUAAGCCAGAAGCUCAGCCACCGCCGCCUCCGCCGCCGUCGCGUUCCUCCCUUGAUGUUCUCAAGCCUUGGAACAAUGGAGGGUGGUUAAAAUCAAUUGAAGGGAGUGGUGCUAUUGCAAGCACUGUUGGGGUGAGUGGUGACCUUGAGUCUCCCACUUCUACGCUAUCUUUCUCCGAGAAUGCACCACCAAUAAUGAGUGCAAUUGGAGGAGAAAAUAACAACAACAACGAUAAUGCAAUGCCUAUGAUUGAGUUUGUGGGAAGUUCGGGUAAUUCAUCUUCUCUUGUGAAAGAAGAGGGUGAACAAGAGUGGAAAGGUUAUGACAGUUCUAUCACCACUUUUAGUUCUAAUUUGCAUGAGUUCACAAUGUCCAUGGAGGGCACGUGGGCCCAUGAGUCCCUCAGAACUAGUGGCUCACAUGAUGACAUUGUAGAAGAAGGCUUCACCAAUCUUCUCCUUAAGACAAAUUCGGAAGAUCCAAGUUUGUCGUCGGAAGGUGGAGGAGAGUCUAACAACGGUGACGGUGAUGGUGGUGGUGGCAGUCAUAGCGAUUUUUACGAAGAUAACAAUAACUAUUGGAACAGCAUCCUCAAUUUAGUGAAUUCAUCCCCUUCUGAUUCUCCUAUGUUCUGA